UUGAAGACUGCCUACGACACUCUUUGAUUCCAACAGAAUAUGUCCUUGUUUUUGGGUUCAAAUCCUUAGUAUUUCUUUAACUUUCCGAUACUGCAGGUUUAUAAUGAAAACUACGAGUAAUUCAAUCAAUUCAAACCCAGAAGCUUCUCAAAGUUUAAUCAACAAAAUCUACGGCGUUUUCUCAAACAAUGACGCCCGAUUUUCGUUCCCGAUUUCGUCUUCCAGGACUACCGAAAUGGAGUUGGUUCGAGGCGUUGUUCGAAUGUUGCAAGGCUUCUCGGGUUCCUUGUUUUCUUGGGACGAAAAGGGGCGGCGAUUUUGCGUCAGAAAUGGGAUUUACGUCCCCCAUUUGUCUCAGUCAAGCUUGGCCGUAAUCCUCAACCAAUUCAUGUACGCCGCUACGUCUCUUGAACUUGUGCAAAUUGCGGUUUCUAAAGUGGAAUCGCAGCUUAGAUCUCCUCCUCCCACUUUGAGAGCUUUUGCUUCCUCAGUUUCUUCUUGGCUCAAGAGGUUGCGUGAUAUUGCUUUGAACGAAGAAACGAAGAUCAGUAGUUCAAAUGCGGGAUCUACGCUGACCUUGCUGGGAUUAACAAGUUCUUUAUCAAGCCUUUGUUCAGGUGCUGAAUAUCUUUUGCAAAUAGUUCAUGGAGCCAUUCCCCAAGCAUACUUUGAGCCCACUUCAAAUAUUUCAGCUGCUGACAUUGCUACUUAUAUCCUUGACUAUCUCUAUAUAAAGCUUGAUGAAGCCUGCCUCGUACAAGGUGGUGAGGGGGAUGAAUAUAAGAUGUUGAUUCAUAUAUUUGUCGGAAGCUUACUACCAUACAUUGAGGGUCUUGAUUCUUGGCUUUUUGAAGGGACACUGGAUGAUCCUUUCGAGGAGAUGUUCUUGUAUGCUAAUAAAGCAAUCUCAGUUGAUGAGCCUGAGUUCUGGGAAAAGAGUUGUUUACCAAGGAUAAUGCAAAAUUACAAUCUAAAAGUUGACCCCUCUGCCCCAAAUUAUAGCCAUGAUUAUGUACAUGGGAUGAGUGACAAAAAGGAAACUACUGAAAAGGAGUUUGUUUCUACAUCUGGUUCUGUGAAAGGAAAAGAACAAAACAGUAGAGACCUUAUAGUGUGUCCUUUAUUUAUUAAGGACAUAGCAAAGUCCAUUGUUUCUGCUGGGAAAUCAUUGCAGCUGAUCCGUCAUGUUCCUAUGGCAUCAACAGUGCCUUCUUGCAAAAAUAGUGAUAAAGUAGAUGAUGGUUCUGGGAAUUAUAAUGAUUGUGAUAUAAAUAAGAUGAACCAUUGGCAGGGCAUGGCAGGGGUAACUUUAGCUGAAAUCUUUUGUGUGUCUUUAGCAGGCCUUUUAGGCCAUGGUGAUCGUAUCUCUCGAUAUUUCUUCGAAGGUGACCAAUACAAAGCAGAGACUAUUUCUUCCUUGUCUGCAUGUAUGAAAGAACAGAUUAUGGAAUCUGGUACUGAUGGAGCCUUGCCACCUUCAACAUACUCAGAGAAAAUCUGGUAUAAGUUCUUAGUUAACUCAUUGUUAAAGAAAGAGGUUUUAGAUAUAGAGCCUGCAGAUGAGGAUUCUUGUUGUUUCCCUGAUAUAAAAGCAGAAAAUGUGAUUGUCGGAAUUGAAAAUAAAUAUUUGUCCCAAAGAUCUUUUUGUCCUGAAAAUCCAGUCAUUACUGUUUGUCAAACAUUGCUCGACAAGAACAGGAAUUCAUGGGAGGCACUGAACUUAUCACAAAAGUUUUGCUUACCCCCUUUAAAUGAUGAAUGCUUAAGAAAAGCUGUUUUUGGAGAAAAAAGUGAGAAUGUUUCUGGACCUCAUGGAACCAACUAUAUGUUUGGUUUCCAGUUUAGUGAAUCUGAACAUCUUCGUGCCCAGCAUGACACUAAGUUAUUGGAAGUUUUGUUACCCUUUCCUACUCUUCUUCCUUCUCUACAGGAUAAUAUCAGCAUGUCAAAGCUCUUGCCUUUCCAGAAGAAUAGCACCCUUUCGUCAAGUGUACUUAGCUGGAUUCAAACUGUUCAACCAAGAAUUAGCCCACUUCCUACAGUUAUUAUGCAGGAAUGUCUCACUGUGUACAUCAAGAAGCAGAUGGAUUAUAUUGGCUGCCUUAUUCUGUCAAAGUUAAUGAAUGAUUGGAGAUUAAUGGAUGAGCUCGCAGUGCUGCGUGCCAUAUACUUGUUAGGUUCAGGUGAUUUGAUGCAACACUUUUUAACAGUGAUAUUUAAUAAGUUAGAUAGAGGAGAAACCUGGGAUGAUGAUUUUGAGUUGAACACAAUAUUACAGGAAUCUAUUAGAAACUCAGCUGAUGGUUCGCUAUUGAGUGCACCGGAGGCUUUGGUGGUGUCCAUUUCCAAGACUCAUGGUUUUGAUAGUGAUGAGCUAAGUAAUACAGCUACUGUUGGUUCAACUCCUCGUAAAAUUCGUUCACAAAGCUAUGGAAUUGAUGGCCUUGAUUCUCUGAAAUUCACUUACAAGGGCUCUUGGCCUCUUGAACUGAUAGCUAAUUCAGAGGCAAUUAAGAAGUAUAAUCAGGUCAUGGCAUUCUUGCUGAAGGUCAAGCGGGCAAAGUUUGCACUUGAUAAAGCUCGGAGAUGGAUGUGGAAGGAUAAAGGCACUGUAAGAAACAGCCGCAAGCACCAUUGGUUAGUGGUGCAAAAACUCCUUCACUUUGUUGAUGCUUUUCACCAAUAUGUGAUGGACAGAGUGUAUCAUAGUGCAUGGCGUGAACUUUGUGAAGGAAUGGCAGCAGCUGGGUCUCUAGAUGAGGUUAUAGAAGUACAUGAGGCCUACUUAUUAUCAAUUCAUCGGCAAUGCUUUGUGGCUCCAGAUAAGCUGUGGGCUUUGAUUGCAAGCCGAAUCAACAGCAUUCUUGCACUAGCUCUGGACUUUUACUCCCUACAACAGACUUUAAGCAGUGCUGGAGCAGUUUCUGCAAUUAAGGCCAGAUGUGAAAUGGAAGUAGGCCGGGUUGAGAAGCAGUUUGACGAUUGCAUUGCUUUCCUUCUUAGAGUCCUGUCUUUCAAGCUCAAUGUGGGGCACUUUCCUCAUUUGGCUGAUCUGGUUACUAGAAUUAAUUACAACAAUUUCUACAUGUCUGAUGGUGGAAAUUUGAUGACUGCCCCUAGCUCUGAAACUGCCGCUGCAAGACCUGGGAAGGCCUUUGCAAGUUGAACACAAUACAGUUGAUUCUGUUACUUACGGUGCCUGAUCUCCAAACCAGGUACGAUCAAGGCAAUUUGAAUGAUAAGUCUCUAAAGCUGCUCAUACAUAUGAUCUUUGAGUUUGUUAUAUACAAGGUGAGUUUAAAGAAAUCGGGGGCUAAAGUCUUUGCACCUAAAUUUGGAGUUGAUCAACCGUCUGCCUUUGCAGUCUGAUUGUUCAGUUUGUAAUUGAAAUCCUGGUAUAAAAAGUACCAUGUUUCCGUUAUAUUUCAGGUUGAUGAUGUUUUGUUGA